AUGUGCUAUCCAACUUUUCGUAUAUUCCAUAUAAUCAAUUUCUUUCAUAUAUUUAUGAUAUUUAUGAUCACAUAUCGCAGUUCAGAUGCAACAGAAGUAAGUGUUAAUGUUCAACAAUUUAAUACUUUUCACAAGUUUACAAAUGCAUAUCAUAAAACGGAACAAAUCACAGCUGCAAGCAAUUUUCGUAUUUGCGGUAGAGAGCUGAUAUAUAUUUUGAUUAAGAUUUGUACUCCAACAAAUGGUACACAUCCAUGCUUUCAAAGUUCUACAAAUGCAACAUAUGCAGACAUGAAAUCAAAUCGUAGCUAUCGUCGAGGUGUUGCGACAGUUUGCUGCAGUUACGGAAAAUGUUCAAAAGAAUAUUUGGCGACAUUUUGUUGCGAGAGAUCGGUUGUUGCACAAUGA